GCGGGAAGAAGGGGCGGGGCCUCGGGCGGCGGUCGGGAACUGGAGGGGACGGUAACAUUGUUUCAAGUUGGACAAAUCGACUAGAGACAGCAAUCCGCUGCAUUCCAACCCGACCUAGGGCCUGGGUGCCGGGCGGAGUCUCUUCCUCCUCCCCAGCUCUGAGUCGGGGCCCUCUUUCUGCAGGGUUCCCAGGCCCCACGUCCGGGGCCGGGCUGCCCCGACUCGCCAGCGCGCUUCAUGGAGAACUUCCAAAAGGUGGAAAAGAUCGGAGAGGGGACGUACGGAGUUGUGUACAAAGCCAAAAACAAGCUGACGGGAGAGGUGGUAGCACUUAAGAAAAUCCGCUUGGACACUGAGACAGAGGGUGUACCCAGUACUGCCAUCCGAGAAAUUUCUCUGCUUAAGGAGCUUAACCACCCUAAUAUUGUCAAGCUGCUGGAUGUCAUCCAUACAGAAAACAAACUCUACCUAGUUUUUGAGUUUCUGCACCAGGAUCUUAAGAAAUUUAUGGAUGCUUCUACCCUCACUGGUAUUCCUCUUCCCCUGAUCAAGAGCUAUCUGUUCCAGCUGCUCCAGGGCCUAGCUUUCUGCCAUUCUCAUCGGGUUCUACACCGAGACCUCAAACCACAGAAUCUGCUUAUCAAUGCAGAUGGAGCCAUCAAACUUGCUGACUUUGGACUAGCCAGAGCCUUUGGAGUCCCUGUUCGUACCUACACCCAUGAGGUAGUCACCCUUUGGUAUCGGGCACCUGAAAUCCUUCUGGGAUGCAAAUACUACUCCACAGCUGUAGACAUCUGGAGCCUGGGCUGCAUUUUUGCAGAGAUGGUGACCCGUCGGGCCCUAUUUCCUGGCGAUUCUGAAAUUGACCAACUUUUCCGGAUCUUUCGAACUCUGGGCACUCCAGAUGAGACCGUUUGGCCAGGAGUUACUUCUAUGCCUGAUUAUAAGGCGAGUUUCCCCAAGUGGGCCCGGCAAGAUUUUAGCAAAGUUGUGCCUCCUCUGGAUGAAGAUGGACGGAGCUUGUUAUCGCAAAUGCUGCACUACGACCCCAACAAACGCAUUUCAGCAAAGGCGGCUCUGGCUCACCCUUUCUUCCAGGAUGUGACCAAACCAGUACCCCACCUUCGACUCUGAUGUCCUCCUCCCAGAUCCCACCUCCCAAAUUCACCCUCUCUGCCAGUGUGUGCCUGACCAGGAUUGAAUCUGAUUCUUUUGGACUCAGGUGGGCCCCUCUGAUCUUGUAUGACUGCCAUAACACUCAUCUUACCCUCUUGGCCAGCCAGCUCUGAGGAUACAGGGAAUGGAGGGAGAGAUGGAAAUGAAAGGGAGUUUCAGUGUUAGAUGCACUUAAAACAGCCUCUACCAACC